AUCGGUGUGAGGAGAAACAGUCCGCGGAGUGAGACCUCCCCGCUGCGUGCGCGUCACUAGGCGAUCUCUGUCUGGACGUGAGCCGUCGUGUGUCGGCGCAGCGGAGACAGAACCGGAUCACCGGAGAACCGCAGCGGCAGCAGGAUGGGCAAAAAGCAGAAGAAGUCCGGGGACGACAGCGCCAAAGACGACGGCGUGGACAUCGACGCUCUGGCCGCCGAGAUCGAGGGAGCGGGAGCCUCCAAAGAGCCGAAAGGGAAGAAGAAGAAGAAGGGAGUGAAGAAGGACGAGUUUGAUGAGGACGAAAUCCUGAAAGAGCUGGAGGAGUUAUCUCUGGAGACUCAGGGAGUGAAAGCAAAGGCUGCAGCACCUCCUGCAGCACCUCCUGCAGCACCUCCUUCCAACUCGGACGAGGACAGUGUCUCGCGCCUCGCCUCAAGGCCAAAAAGGGAGGCAAACAAGCAUCGGGGUCGGACGGAGAGGAGGACCGAGAUGAGGACGAGGGGCCCAAGAAUAAAGGAGGAGGAGGAGGAGGAGGAGGAGGAGGGAAGGAAGGAGGAGAAGGAGGAGGAGGAGGAGGUUGAGGGGUCCGAAGUGGAAGAGAGGGAGGCUGCUUUUGGCCGAGACCGGAAGAAGAAGAACAAAGGCAAAGCCGUGAAGAUGGAGAGCGAAGAAGAGGAGGAGCAGGAAGGAGAAGAUGGCGCCGGAGGCUUCAAGAUGAAGACGGCCGCGCAGAAAAAGGCGGAGAAGAAGGAGAGGGAUCGCAAGAAGAAGGAGGAGGAGAGGCAGAAGCAGAGGAAGCUGAAGGAGAAGGAGAAGGAGAAGGAGGGCAGCGUGGAGCCGGAGAAGAAGAAGACCACGGCCGAGGUCCCGCCCCCUCAGGAAGAUCCACCAAUGGCAGCCGCCGAGGAUCAGGAAGGGGCGGAGCCAGAAGAGGAGAUGGACGGCGACAAGAAGAAGAAGGACAAGAAGAAGAAGAAGGGCGAGAAGGAGAAGGAGGAGAAGAAGAAGGGGCCCAGCAAGGCCACGGUCAAGGCCAUGCAGGAGGCUCUGGCCAAGAUGAAGGAGGAGGAGGAGCAGGCUAAGAGGGAGGAAGAGGAGCGUCUGAGGAGGCUGGAGGAGAUGGAGAAACAGAGGGAGGAGCAGGAGCGUCUGGAGCUGGAGCGGAAGGAGAAGAAGAAGCAGAAGGAGAAGGAGAGGAAGGAGCGCCUGAAGAAGGAGGGCAAGCUGCUGACCAAAGCCCAGAAGGAGGCGCGAGCUCGGGCCGAGGCCACGCUCAAGCUGCUGCAGGCUCAGGGUGUGGAGGUGCCGUCCAGAGACUCGCUGCCGAAGAAGAAGCCGGUUUACGGAGACAAGAGGAAGAAGAAGCAGCCCAACGCUCCCACACCUGAAGAAACUUCAGAGGUGAUGUCACCCACGCCGGAGACGCCAGAGCCUGUUGCCAUGGAGACGGAGGCGGUGACGCCGACUGUGGUACCCGAGGUGAAGCCAGAAGCUGCUGUAGACGACUGGGAGGCGAUCGCCACAGAUGAAGAGAAAGAGCUGAAGAAGGUCCACAUCGAGGUGAAGGAGGAGAUCUCCGCUCCUCCCCGGCCGGCCGGCAGCGAGGAAGACGAGGAGGAGGAGGACGAAGACGACGACGACGAAGACGAGGACGAGGACGACGACGACGGCGGCGACGAAGAGGAAAGCGAGGAAGACGAGAAGGAGAAGCAGCGGCAGACGGCGCCGGGGCCUCAGGGCGCGAAGAGACGAGCCGCCAAGGACAGCGAAGAGGAGAGCAGCGAGAGUGACGAUGACGACGGUAGGACGAAGGACGAGAGGCGCUACGAUCGCGCCAAGAGGAGGAUCGAGAAACGUAAAGCUGAGAACAUGAGGAACAUAGACCUGGACCGGCUGAGAGCUCCGGUGGUGUGUGUGCUCGGACACGUCGACACCGGCAAGACCAAGAUCCUCGACAAGCUGCGACACACCCACGUUCAGGACGGUGAGGCCGGAGGGAUCACGCAGCAGAUCGGAGCCACGAACGUCCCGAAAGAGACGAUCGAGGAGCAGACGAAGAUGGUUAAAAACUUCGACCACGAAAACGUCCGGAUCCCGGGCAUGCUGAUCAUCGACACACCAGGACACGAGUCAUUCAGUAACCUGAGGAACAGAGGCAGCUCUCUGUGUGACAUAGCCAUCCUGGUGGUGGACAUCAUGCACGGCCUGGAGCCCCAAACGCUGGAGUCCAUCAACCUGCUGAAGGAGAAGAAGUGCCCGUUCAUCGUGGCCCUCAACAAGGUGGAUCGUCUGUACGACUGGAAGAAGAGCCCUGAGACAGACAUCGUGACCACGCUGAAGAAGCAGAAGAAGAACACUAAAGACGAGUUCGACGAGAGAGCCAAGGCUGUCAUCGUGGAGUUCGCUCAGCAGGGUCUUAAUGCCGCCUUGUUCCACGAGAAUAAAGACCCCCGGACCUUCGUGUCGUUGGUUCCUACCUCGGCCCACAGCGGCGACGGGAUGGGGAACCUGAUCGCCCUAUUGGUCGAGCUCACGCAGACCAUGCUCGCACGCCGCCUGGCGCACUGCGACGAGCUGCGGGCGCAGGUCAUGGAGGUGAAAGCGCUGCCCGGGAUGGGAACCACCAUCGAUGUCAUCCUGAUCAACGGCUGUCUGCGGGAGGGAGAGACCAUUAUCGUGCCGGGGGUGGAGGGACCAAUCGUAACGCAGAUCAGAGGGCUGCUGCUGCCCCCCCCUCUCAAGGAGCUGCGAGUCAAGGUAAAGGCUGCAUCCUCGGUUCCUUCACUUGCUUCCUUUCCUAACCUCGGAGAAAGGGACACAAAUGUAAAGAGAAAGCGACAAAAAACAUUGAAGAAGAUGACAAGAAAUAUCGGAAAAAAAGCUGUGUAA